GGCGGUUGACUCGCGUGUGUUCGUGAUAAUUCUUGCCAGUCGAGUUUAAAAUAAAAAGAAAAAAGAAGUAAAACUGUUAAAACAAAUAAUCAUCGCAUCGAACGAUCCGAUUAAUUCUUUAUUAAUUAAAAAAAAAAAAAUAUAUAUAUAUAUAUAUACAUACAUAUAUAUACAUACAUAAUAUUCGAAAUAUUUUGAUCUUUUCUAAAACGUGUGCGUUUCCGUGACAACAUUGUGCAGUUUUUAUUUUUCUUUUUCUUUGCUUUUUGUUUUAAUUGUUUAUUAUCAUUUUAAAUAUCACGUGGAAAAUCAAAAGUACACAAGAGAGCGUUUUUGAUUCUCAAACGCUUGUAUGCGCCGUAGAGCGUUGUGAUCUAUCGAAAGAGAAGAAGAAGGAACAGUUGAAGGUGAAAACUUAGAAAGAACGGCCGUUCGAUUGCACAAAACCAUGUCGGGAUUUGAACAGAUGCUCGUUGCUGUGGCGAGCAUCGUUGUUGGAGGUUUUUUCCUCACGGGAGGACGAUGGCGCUUCAUCUAUGUGCUUUACAAGACUUUACCAAGAGAUAUUUUAGGAGCCAUUAGAUUCAUACAAGUGAACAUACUUUUAUGGUGGUGGGAAACACGAGGAUUUACAGUGGCUAGGGUAUUCUCAAGAUUGGUUGAACGUCAUCCUGAGAAAGUAGCAUAUAUUUCCGAGGAUAAAGAAUGGACUUAUCAACAGCUCGAAGAAUUCAGCAACAGAAUAGGACGUUAUUUUCGCAUGCGACCACUUUCACGGGGGGAUAGCGUAGCUCUAGCUAUGGAAGGUCGUCCGGAAUACAUUGGAACUUGGUUGGGUCUGAGCAAAGCUGGCUUUGUUGGUGCUCUCAUCAACACCAAUCUUCGACAGGAGGUUUUAAUCCAUAGCAUUAAAACGGCGAACUGCAAGGUUCUUAUCUUUGGCUCUGAACUGAAGGACGCGGUACGUGAUAUAAAAGACAAAUUACCAGAACUGAAGCUGUUUCAAUGGUCAGAACACGAAGAUGUGUCUAUAUUAGAGGAAGCAAUCGAUCUAAACAAAGAAAUUCUCAGUGUAGAUCCAGGACCUCUUGUCGAAGAUAUUGCUUUAGGUAAUCCACGAGACAAAUUGAUAUACAUUUAUACGUCUGGUACGACUGGAAUGCCAAAGGCAGCUGUUAUCAAUAAUCUUAGAUAUAUGUUAAUGGCUUAUGGCGUAUACUCCAUGUUGGCUCUACGUUCAGACGAUCGAAUUUAUAAUUCUUUACCUCUCUAUCACACGGCUGGAGGUAUAAUAGGAGCUGGACAACCAUUGCUCACAGGAAUAACCGUUGUUCUUCGUAGACGUUUUAGUGCCUCGAAAUUUUGGUCCGAUUGCGUUCACUAUGAAUGUACCAUAGCUCAGUACAUCGGAGAAAUUUGCCGAUAUCUUUUGACCGUUCCACCGAGUUCAUAUGACACGACUCACAAAGUAAGACUCAUGUAUGGGAAUGGUUUAAGGCCACAAAUUUGGAAGCCCUUCGUCGAGAGAUUUGGCGUUAAACAAAUCGGUGAAUUUUAUGGUGCUACCGAAGGAAACUCGAAUCUUGUGAACAUCGAUAAUAGAGUCGGUGCAGUUGGAUUUGUGCCAAGGUUCGCCGGCAAUCUCUAUCCAGUCACUUUAUUAAGAGUCAAUGAAGAAACCGGAGAACCGAUUAGAGGACCUGAAGGUUUUUGCAUACCUUGUAAACCUGGAGAGCCCGGUAUCUUCGUUGGAAAAAUUAAUCCAGGGAAGGCUGUGAACGAUUUCAGUGGUUACGCCGAUCAGAAGGCAUCGGAGCAGAAAAUCAUACGUGACGUCUUCAAGAAGGGUGAUCGUGUCUUCAAUACUGGUGACAUUUUGGUUAUGGAUGAAUUGGGAUACUUCUACUUCAAGGAUAGAACCGGUGAUACAUUCAGGUGGCGUGGAGAAAACGUGGCCACUUCUGAAGUCGAGGCUGUUGUUAGUAAUGUCAUAGGUCUCAUGGAUACAGUCGUUUAUGGUGUCGAAGUACCUGGAAACGAAGGUAAGGCUGGCAUGGGUGCUAUUUAUGAUCCAGAAGGAACUUUAAAUUUAAAGGAAUUAGCUGAAGGUGUAAAAAAGGUUCUUCCUAGUUAUGCUCGACCACUUUUCAUUCGUGUUCUCUCGAAAUUACCCAUGACUGGUACAUAUAAAUUGAAGAAGAAGGAUCUUCAGCGUGAAGGUUACGAUAUUACAAAGUUGGUAGAUCCAAUUUACUUCCUCGAUCGGACGGGCAUGUACGUGAAACUGACAGAUGAUUUAUACAAGAACAUUAUCGAAGAAAAAGUUCGGAUAUAGAAGUUCCUUCUCUUUCUCUCUCUUUCCCUUUCUCUCUCUUUCCCUUUCUCUCUCUUUCUUUUUCUCUCUUUCUUUCUCUCUCUUUCUUUCUUUCUUUCUCUUUCUUGCUAAAAUUAUGAACAUAUUUUUGUAUUCGAAAGCCGUCAAGAAAUUUGUGGAUUGGUGAUUAAAAAAUUAUUUAGAUAGUCUCGUCUCGACUGAUCGAAUUUAACGCGUUCGAGGGAUUAAUUGUACAAUUAAACGUUUGUAAAAUUUAUUUAUUAUAUAUAUACAUAUAUACAUACAUACAUACAUACAUACAUACAUACAUACAUACAUACAUACAUACAUACAUACAUCAUACAUACAUACAUACAUAAAUACAUACAUAAAAAUAUAUAUAUAUAUAUAUAAAAGAAAAAGAAAAAAGGACAAACAACAGUGGUAAGAGACGAAUAUGCCAAAAGAGGAAAAUUUUUUUUGUAAUGUGAUGCCAAGAUAUAUGUUGUAAACUAUGAAAAAGAUAUUGCUCGUUAAAUUAAUAAAUUAGUAUAUUCGA